AGCGCGCCCCCGGUGAACGUCAGGGGCGCGCUUGAUCUGGGAGUGACGCGGCUGCGCGGCACCUGCAGUUCCUUUAUAAGAAAAAGGGUCAACACACCGAAAAAAGUAACGGAAAUCGCUGUCACUCAGGUGCAAGAGAGGCUGCAACUUGGAGACAUGAGCGGAAAGUCGCUGCUGCUGAAAGUGAUCUUGCUGGGGGACGGCGGGGUGGGGAAGAGCUCCCUGAUGAACAGGUACGUCACAAACAAGUUCGACUCGCAGUCCUUCCACACCAUUGGGGUGGAGUUCCUGAACCGGGACCUGGAGGUGGACGGGCGCUUCGUCACACUGCAAAUCUGGGACACGGCCGGGCAGGAGCGAUUCAAGAGCCUGCGUACUCCCUUCUACCGCGGGGCCGACUGCUGCCUGCUCACCUUCAGCGUGGACGACCACCAGAGCUUCGAAAACCUGGGUUGCUGGAAGAAAGAGUUCAUCUUCUACUCUGACGUGAAGGAGCCAGAGAGAUUCCCCUUUGUCAUCCUGGGGAACAAAGUGGACAAGAGCGAGAGGCAGGUGACCACAGAGGAAGCCCAGGUCUGGUGCCAAGAAAACGGCAGCUACCCCUAUUUCGAAACGAGCGCCAAGGACGACACAAAUGUGGAGGUGGCUUUUGAAGAGGCUGUGAGGCAGGUACUGGCUGUGGAGGAGCAGCUGGAGCACUCCAUUCUGGGGAACACCAUCGACCUCCACGGCAACCGCAAAGCUUCCUCUUCUUCCUGCUGCUGAGACUGAGUGGAUGGCACCUACCGGUCAGUUCCCCCUCUGUGUCUCUCAGCUCACCUUGUUGGCAUCAGUGGUUUCUUUACCUAGGCUGCUGGAGCUGUUUAAGGAAAGGGGUCAGGGAGGAAGCAUCUGAUGUAUUGUGUGAUACAGAUCUGUAUUUUUAGGUAGGCUGUCCGGCUGUGGAGUUGACGGCCCACCAGUUCAACAUGGUAGGGUGCUUCAAAAAUGGAUAUAUGGAGACUGCAAAACAGUAUAGAAUAAAUGGCUGAUCUGGAACCAUUUCCUAGCCUUCCGGGCAUAUAAUUAUAUAAUAAAUGUAAGCUGUUUGAUGAGCUGUAUUGGAAAGGAGACACAAUAAAGCCAGACGAGGAUCCUGUUUUUCAGUGGUACAGCGAUGGAAAAGUUUGCUUUUAGAGAGAGAAUUCCAGUACAGUCUAACUCUCUACUAAGAACCCCUCAGAAAAUCAGCACAGUCUGAUAGCUCUUGAAGAGCGUCUUCCUGUCUUUCUGUUCAUAGACCCCCAGUGAGCUGGAAUGAACUGCUACUUCUUUUUUGGCCUUCCAGGCUAAUCAUGAUUGACCUGAACUGCUGUGGCUACCAGAUCUUAAAGAUGGGGUAACCAAGUUAAAAUGGCUCGGUAAUUUACAUGCAUAAUCAAUGUCUUGCUUUGUUCAUUCUCCACUUUGCUGCUGUUAACGAGACUGGAUUGACAGCCGGCGUGGGCUUUUUAUGCACAAGUCAGUAGUUUGUAUCGGACCGGUGUAUUUAAAGGGAAUUUUUUAGGGGCGAUCUUCAAUUUUAUAGUUUUGCUUGGCAUUGUGUUUGCAAAACUUUUUACAUUUUAUAGCUAUUUAUUUAAAUAAUUGUUUGCAAGGGUUGUAAAGUGACCUGGGGGGGGGGG